GGAAAGGCGGGCAAGGCGUGCGGCUGCCGUGGAAAGUGUUGGGGCUGUGCGGUGUCGGGGAGGCAGCAGGAAGACGCACCGAGUCUGGCUGAGCAGCGCCAGGAUGGAGGAGCCCAGUGGGAACCUUCCUUUCCGGAGAAACAUCCUUGCCGAGUCGUGCUGUGGUCACGUCACCAUAACAAACCUGGUGGAAGUGCUGAGAUCUUUGGUGGCUUUAACUGACCCUCAGGAGGGGAAGCUGACUCAGUCUCAAGAGAAAGCACUAAACUUGCUGGGCAUUUGGAAAAGUGUAUUUAGAGUUGUUCCUGGGCCUACGUCAAAGACCUCAGAGGAGUGACAGCUUGAAGAUGGGAGAGCAGGAGGCAGGUGAACCUUUUCUGGGGAUAGUGGCUGAUGGUGGCAGAGACUUUGAAGGAGCUCUGCCCUCAGACACGGUGUCACUCAGCGAUUCUGACUCUGAUGACUUGGGGCUGGCGGAUGAAGCAGAAGUUGAUACAAUAUCUCCCGAGGAGCCAUCUGUAGAUGAAGGGGAUUCCAGAUCAGGAGAGACACCUGACUCAUCAAACAGCAGAUCUCCUGUGCAGCCAUUCCAUCUGAAGGGCAUGAGUUCUACAUUCUCUCUCCGUAGCCAGAGCAUUUUUGAUUGCCUGGAAGAGGCAGCCAGGCUGUCUGUGCCCUCUAUGCCUGAAGAUAAUGUUGUUGAUGGGAGGUUCAAGCGCCCAUUGCCUCCAACCACAGUUUCAGGUAACCUGGUCCCAGAAAACAUGGGAAGGCAAGCCAGAGCAGUGCAGGCUCCCAGAACCUCUCCUGCAGUGCCUGACUACGUGGCACACCCGGAGCGCUGGACCAAAUACAGCCUGGAGGGAGUUUCAGAGUGCAGUGACAAGACUAACAGGGCAGUGGCCAUGGAAUUUCUAGGGGGUUUGAAGAAAAGAGGGGAGCAACAGAGCUCGGCUACUCAAGACAGCUACACCCAGUCCUUCAACCAGGACCCUUCCAGCUGUGGAGCUGGGAGGAUUGUCUUCACCAAACCAACCAAAAGAGGUGUUGAUAGACUGGAAAAGAAAACAUCUACAGGGGAGGAUGAUAAAAAACAGGUGAAGACAGAUCUGAAAGGAAAAUCUCUUAAGAAGGCUGAUGAUUUGAGGGAAGAAGAUAAGGUUGAGCUGGGGCACUUAGACAGUGACAGUGGAAAGGCAGCAGAGGAGGAGGAGUGCACGAUGGAAGGGGACCAGAACACAGAACAUAAACCUGAUGCAAGGCUUAGUGGUGUAGGUGAAGAGCCAUCGCUGGGAACAGUUGGAUUCCACUGCAGUAAGAAGAAGAGCAGGAAAAAUUUCCGACCUAAAGUAGAUGAUGAAGGGGAGGAAGAAGAGUCCUGAAGGAUGAAGCACAUUGGAGACAUCCCAGGACUUGUCUUGGUCAUUUUUUAACUUCUCUUUUUUAUUUUUUUUCCCCUUUCUGGUCUGAAAACCGCAUGAUAGCUUUUUGUCCAACAGUUUGCAUCAUAGCCACCAAGAAUGUUUUAUAUUGUUAGAAAUUAAGCUACCUAAAAUAACCUCCAGCCUUUUUGUUUAUGAGAACUCCAUGGGCACAGGAUAGUUGCAUCCUGGCAGAAUAGAAUAAAGUGUGAUACUCCAGGGCUGAAGUAUCCAAAGAAACAGAAGUGUUAGCUAAACGGUUGCAGGGCUUCCUAGUAACUCCCAGUUUUGGAAUUGCUCCCAAAUCCUGUGGAAUCCUGGAGACAAGGUGAUGAGCUCAUUAUGUAGAGAUUUUUGAACUAUGAAAAUAAAACCUAGUCUUCCACUGGAUGUGAUUUCUUCUGGCCCUGUCCCAGGGAGGAAAACCUUUUAACUUUUUUGUUUAAAAACAUCUUUCUGUCAUUGCCAUUGAGGGUGAAAGCACAGCAGUGCCCAGUUACAUGAUGUGAGGAUCUGCACCUUUGUAUGUCCUUUCCAGGAGGUGCUGCUUCCAUACUGAUUCUAUAUGUGGAUUGGGGCAUUUGUGGGAAUCAGCUAUUUAUACCAGAACUGGAGACUUUUUUUUUUCUAUGUGAUACAAUAAACUUUUGGUUGUAACUUGAUUUCUUGUCUGAACCACACUGAGUAAUGCAGCUGCAAGAGUUUUACCAAACAUUUUAUUUGAUUCCUAAACUGCCUUGAAAACUUUUUAAAGUGUUACUCUAACUUUGCCAUCUUGUUAACUUUUCCCUCAAGUGUUAGAGAUUCUAAACCUCACAUUUUUAACAUUUUCAAUCAUUUUACAAUGUAUAAUCCCCUCAUAGGAUGAGUCAUCUCAUACAAUGAAUCACAUUGUAGGGAAUGUCAAAUAGAGUGGGUUUUUUCCAUAGUGCUAGUAAAUUUAAUAACUAAGGUUGAAAGAUUAAAUUCUUUGAAAGGUUACAUGAUUUGAGACUCAAAUUAGUUCAGGUCACUUUGGACUGACAUUUUUUUGGUCAUUAUUCUAAAUGAACCAAUCCCAAGAGUAGUAUUUACAAUUGUGUAGUGAAAGAUUAAUUUUUAAGAGUUUGUGAUAUUUCUUGGUAGAUUGUGCUUGCUCAAACUCUGAAGGGUGUUUGAGGGGGUGACUUCAUUUUAACAGUUACUAACUGGGAGGCCCAAAUCACUUGGGCUUUGUGUUUGAACUGAUGCAUCAUUGGGUAAAAGAAGCAGAAAACAGUGUAAAAGGAGCAGUUGUGCUCCAUUUUUCCAAAGUCACCUUUUAGUUUUCAGAGCAGAAUGUAUGUUCUCAUGAGUGUGCAGUUGGAUGCACAUUGCUUAGUGGGUCAUUGCUAAAUACCUUGGUUGUUCCAGUGCAUGUGAGUGGACACACACAGCAGGUCCCAAUGGAUAGAUUUUGGGUUCCAGUGGAUAAUUAGUGUGCUGAUCACAUUAAAAUAGUAGCCAUUUCAAAAUGGAAACUGCUACCAAGAGCAAGGAAUGCUUGUUGUGAGAUAUCUUUUUUUUUUU